AUGGCGCUCCGAAAAUUGGCCGCCGCGGCCGUUUCCGGAUUAAAGCCCCGUUUAAGCCCACCGCUCACAGCCAUGAGCCGGAUCUUACAUCGCGAUCCUUCUUCCGGCGUCCGUCGUUUCGGCACUCCGGCGCUCGGCCACAAUCUUGAGCAGAACAACAUCAACAACAGCUCCGCCUCCGCCGCCGCUGACGAUAAUCUCAUUCUAUUGGUGAACCCGGUUAAAAACAGAAAACACCACAAGAUAUCCCUACUCUCAAUGGAAAACAACUUGCUCAAAUCAGUUCUACCCAAUCGCCCCAAUUUCUCUCGUCUGAAUAGCCGCGGCACACGCAAUGAAUUCCUUGCCUUCUGCGACAAGUGGUUGGUGUUUGCCUCCGGCGGCUGGCGUUCCGAAAUUCCGGCCGACCUCAUGUGGGACCCCACCACCGACGAGAUCAGACACAUUCCUCAAUUCCCGAUGAAACCGCGGCUGCCCUCAUCUCAUGACUCACCCUAUACUCUCUGGGGCGUCGGGUUCGACUCUGGCUCCGGCGACUAUAAGGUGGUCCGGGCUUCAAAUGAAAAACGGGCCGAGCUCCUAUCUCUCUCCACCGGCUCGUGGAGGGAAAUCCGGUUCCCUCACAAUCCGGACAAAAUCGUUGUUGAUAACGUGCGUUCAGUUCACAUAAACGGCGUUUAUUAUUGGUCCGUGCAUUUAAAUGACGAUAAACGCGACGCUAUUCUUCAGUUCGAUUUCGGCCGCCGAGAGUUUCCGGCCGAUCUCAUUCACAUGCCGAAAGUCGUGACCAAUUGGGCCGGGCCCAUUAAGCCCGUUCUUGUGAACUAUCACGGUUCGCUUGCCGUUAUCUUACAGAAUGGUUGUCUUGGUCGGCCUAAGGAGAAUAAUCAUAAUAAUUCUUUGAGGUUCGAGAUUUGGGCGUGGAGCCACGCGGACCGUAGCUGGUCUCGCAUGUCCGUGGAUCGUGUCCCGGUGAAUGCUGAUGUCACCGAGGUUGUGGGGCUAUGCAAUAAUAAUAGUGACAAAGUGAUUCUCCUCGACUCAGUCGAGGGUACGAUUCUGCUUUACGAUUGUGAGACGUCUGAGUUGGAGAGUUUCAGCGUAAUGGAAGGAUGGUGGUCCCAUUUUCUAUCUAUUGCAACUUUUCUUGGGUUGGUUUCACUUUCGAGUGUUACUUAUUAUCUUGUUAAAAACUUUUGA